UGGCCACUCGUGUGCGUCUCGAGUCUCGCUUGAAUUCUUCGUUUGCUCGGGAGGAUACAAAAAUCUCGUCGCUGUCGGAAGACAACGCUUGAAGGGAGGAAAUGCGGUCUGCGGGGUUUCCCGGCCUUGCAAUCUCUCGAGACUCGAAGGUGACAUGCGUGCAGUAUGCACCCCAGUCGCAAGCGAGCUGCCCCAAGGCACGCAUUUGGCAAUUCCAUUUGUGCCUCAUGAGACACUUGGCGCUCUGGACUUCUGCCGAUUCUCGCAAAAUGGUCUUGCGCGAAUUGCCAUGUCUCCCAUCCUACAUGUCCGAGGCCGCAGGGUGUUGGUGAUCAACUCCAUAAAAUCGGCCGUGUACAUACCCCGCACCCGAUCGCAGCUCAAGGUCACCCUGUGGUAUCGACGCGAUGAAACAAAGAACCAACCAGGCGAAAGGGGGGGAGCCUGCCAAACUUUCACCACUAAUGGGAAGAAGAGUCGGCCAGCACAUCAGCUGAAGCAAGAUCAGAGAUGUUCUUACGUACUACCAUCGUCUGUUCGUUUUGCCACUAUUAUGCCGCGGCAAGUACAUAGCGCAUCGGAGCAAACGACGGAAAUGCAGCCCUAAUAUGCACCCAUAGCGGAUCCCAUCAGGGAUUUCCACGGGCCGGCACACCUCGGC